AUGUGAAAGGAAGUGAAGACGGAAGUAAUGACAUGGCGGGGCGCCUUUCUUCAAAACACAACAACCUAAUGGAUUUCUGAAUUAUUAUUAUAUUAUCUGCUUUUUUAUGAACGCGUAAAAACUCAAAUAAUCAAUUUGUUGUGUCGAGAUGGUGGAAAACAAGCUAGCUAGUGUCGAAACUAAAGCAGCGAUAAUUUAGCUUUAUCCGCUAAAAUAAUUGAAUUUAGAGCGGAACUGUUACUUUUGUUGUGUUUCUGGUAUAUAUUUAUUUCAGCACCACAAUGCCUCUCUUGACGCAAUCGCAGUCUGAGAAUGAGCAAUACGUGUUAGUGGCCAGUUUGGACAACGCUCGCAAUCUGUCCAACAUCUUGAAAGCCAUCACUUUUAAAGACCACGCCAUCUUCUCAGCCACCCCCAACGGCCUUAAGGUUACAGUGGAGGACUCCAAAUGUCUUCAAGCCAAUGCUUUCAUUCAGGCUGACAUCUUUCAGGAAUUCACCAUCAAGGAAGACAUGGUUGGCUUUCAGAUCAACCUCACUGUUCUGUUAGAUUGCCUUAGUAUCUUUGGAGGAGGCACAGUACCCGGUGGAGUGUCAACUGCCCUGCGGCUGUGCUACAGAGGCUACGGUUACCCUUUGACCUUAUUCCUGGAGGAGGGCGGUGUAGUGACAGUUUGCAAGAUCAACACACAAGAACCGGAGGAACCAAUUGACUUUGAGUUCUGCAGCAGCAACGUGACAAACAAGGUAAUUCUGCUGUCCGAGAGUCUAAAGGAGGCCUUUUCUGAACUGGACAUGACCAGCGAGGUGCUACAGAUCACCAUGUCCCCCAGCCAACCUUAUUUUCGGCUCUCGACUUUUGGCAACUCUGGGAAUGCUCAUUAUGAUUAUCCCAAAGAUUCGGACAUGAUGGAGCUGUUCCACUGCACCCAGACGCAAACCAACAGAUACAAGAUGGCUUUGCUGAAAUCAUCCACCAAAGCUCUGGCUUUGUCCUGCAAAGUGUCCGUGAGGACUGACAGCAGGGGCUUCCUGUCACUGCAGUACCUGGUUCGAAACGACGACGGGCAGAUCUGCUUUGUGGAGUAUUAUUGCUGUCCUGAUGAAGAGGUGGAAGAGGAGUGAUCAGCUUCUACAUCCGUCUUGCUUUGAAUGAGCGGAAGAGUAAAAUGCAAGGGUGCUGCGUUAACAGGGUCGGCGAAGUGGAUUCUGGACUAAAACAGGUUCAAGCUAUGUGAACUUGUGGGACACUUCCGGCGCGGUCACAAUUAUGAAGCACUUUUAUGUUUUAGCAUGGUUAUUGCAGCGCUAACCCGACCGAGGAGGUUGUUUCAUUGCUGAAAGUUGAUGAGUGGCUACUUUCCAUUCAUUCAUUCAUUUUCACCAGAGGCGGGGUACACCCUGGACUGGUGGCCAGCCAAUCACAGGGCACAUAUAGACAAACAACCAUUCACACUCACAUUCAUACCUAUGGACAAUUUGGAGUGGCCAAUUAACCUAGCAUGUUUUUGGAAUGUGGGAGGAAACCGGAGUACCCGGAGAAAACCCAUGCAUGCACGGGGAGAAAAUGCAGACUCCACACAGAGAUGGCCGAGGGUGGAAUUGAACCCUGGUCUCCUAGCUGUGAGGUCUGCGCGCUAACCACUCGACCACCAUGCAGCCCUGGCUACUUUCCAAAGAUGCUCAUUUUAAUUUCAUUCACAAAAAUAUUUUUUAGGUCAGGUCAUAUCUAAAUGUGGAUGCAAAUGAAACAAAACUAAAACUCUGAUCACUUUAUUAUGGCAUACAGACAACUGAAAUUAGAAAGCCAUGGCUGUAGAUGACCAAAAUGUACCCCACUAGGCAUACUUGAGUUGUUUGAUUUUGUGCUGUUCAUGAUACUAUACUAAACAUAUACUAGUACAGGAAGUGAAACUUAAUGGCAUUGAUACAUUGAUAUUAAUAAUCCAAAUGAAACUGUUUUGUACACUGCUGGAACAUUGUAUUGAGAAAAAAUAAAAAGUUACCAUUUGGACGUGUAGUAACUUUAAUGUGUUGUGUAAAUCAUCACAUUAUUUCGAUAAACGUAUUCAUCUCCUUUCUGGCAGUCUUUUCUUUCACCUGCACGACUUCUGCAUCCGCUUCCUUUUGAACAAUUUGUUGUUCUUCUUCUUCACCUCUUCGGGCUCCGGUGGCUCCGUUUCAAUGUGAAGGGGUUUGUCCUCGGCCGGUGUGUCGAAGACGUUCUCGGUGACGUCUGUAAUGAGGUCCGGCUUUGCUUGGG